CCACCUCAAAGCCCAACACAAACCCUCAGACGACGGUGCGUGACCUUUCCGAUAGCCGCCAUCUUCAACCAAAACACUGCAUUUUCGAGGCCGGGACUUGGAGAUACAGUGAUACGAAGACAUAUAUUUACCGCAAUAUAUACCAAUACUCGCUCUGCCGAACAUAUUAACGCAAGGCGGUCUGUAUCAAAAUGGGUAACGCGACAAGCGCUGUCCUGGACGACAUUGUCCAGGGCUCCAACUGUAUGUACCGACAGACAUGACGACAAGGAAGACUACUAAUUGGUUAUAGUCAACAGAGAAGAAGUUGACAGAUUACGAAAGCGAUUCAUGAAGCUCGACAAGGAUAACUCUGGUACCAUCGAGCGUGAUGAAUUCCUUAGCUUGCCACAAAUCUCUUCGAAUCCCCUGGCUACUCGAAUGAUUGCCAUUUUCGACGAAGACGGCGGCGGCGAUGUCGAUUUCCAAGAAUUUGUAUCAGGCCUCAGUGCUUUCAGCAGCAAGGGCAACAAGGAGCAGAAGCUCCGAUUUGCAUUCAAGGUUUACGACAUUGACCGUGACGGCUACAUUAGCAAUGGCGAGCUCUUCAUUGUGCUCAAGAUGAUGGUUGGAAACAACCUCAAGGACCAGCAGCUGCAGCAGAUUGUCGACAAGACCAUUAUGGAGGCGGACUUGGACGGCGAUGGCAAGAUUAGCUUUGAGGAGUUUACAAAGAUGGUUGAGAACACCGAUGUGAGCAUGAGCAUGACUUUAGAUCAAUUUUAAGAAAAGCAUUUGGAUACAUACAGAGUGGUGGUCACAGGAUGGCCGCGUUGUUUGCGAAACCGACACAGUAUAUGAUAAUGAACUUCGGAUAUGCCACCGCAUAACUACUAGCACAUCAAUCAACAUGAAUUAUAUUACAAUGUCCGGCCAUAGUUUUGGACGAACAAAAUUCACAACAAUCCGAGAAAAAAAGUGUGUAGAAGUAUGAUUGAUAUGACGAAAAUGCCGGCGGCACGUUCGAAAGAGACGCUGUGUAUUAACUAGAUGCAAAAUGGAUAUAUGAUACAAGGGGGCAGUCGUGUGACCUCGAACACCCCGAAUAGUACAGUUAUACAGAUCUGUCCAACAAGAAAUUCGUAACAACCGUUUAUCGCUUGACCCAAGUAGGGCUCUUACGGGCCUUGACGUGGCCGUGCUUCUUACGUUCCACAGCUCUGGGAUCUCUGGUGACGCAACCAGCUAUACAGAGUUAGUACACAUCUUUUUCGUUGUUCUAAGGUUGAAGUUGGAAAAUGCUUACCGCUACGCAGAGCAGGCUUCAGUGCAGGCUCGUGGGCGAGAAGUCCCUUGGCCACGGCCAGUGUGAUGGCCUCGGCUUGACCUGUGGUACCGCCACCCUCAACCAAGGCCCAGACAUUGUACUUGUCCAGGCGCUCCGUGGCCUUCAAUGCCCAGAGAGCGCUCUCGCGAUCAUGCACUCUGCCAAAGGCCUCGCUCAGAGGCUUUCCGUUGACGAGCAUCUCGCCGGUACCUUCGACAACAAAGGCGCGGGCCUUGGAGGCCUUUCUGCGUCCGGUGCCGACAGCGCGACCAAACUUGUCAAUGUAAGCGGCCUUGGCCUUGUUGAGACGGCUAUCGAUCGUGCGCUGGAACGAUCCGAGAACCAGGUUGACCUCGGCAGGGCGCAGGGAGUCGUCAAUCAUCUGCAGGCGCUUGGCGAUGCGCAUGACCUUGGAGAACUGCGACGACUUGAUGGGCUCGCCCAUGCGCUCGCGCAGGUCCUGCAGCUUCAGCCAGGGAACGGGGUUCAGCUCGGCGGCGGCAGACGUAGGCAGAUGGUGGUAUUUUGUGAGGAGGGUGUUGAGCUGGAUAAACAGGUCGUUGAAGACGGGCUGGCGAGUAAAGUACGAUGGCGUCGCGGGAACGGUGCGCACAGCGACCUGGUUGUUGAAGGGGGCUGGGUGAGCAGCAAAAGCGGCCUGGAGAGGUGUCAUCGAACCGGAUGGCGCGUCCUUUUUCGCUGCAUCGGCUGUCGAUGUCGAUGUCGAUGUGUUGCUGAUGGUUCGGAUGGCCAGGGGCAGCUGUCUCGACGAGGCCAAUUGAUUGGCCAGGCUGGGCCGUUGGCAACGCAAUUGCCUCAGGCUUUUUGUGAUGGACGACAUUUUUUAUUUUGGGAUUCGCUUUCGACCAAAUUACUCGGCGUUGGCGGAUUCCGUGGUCGUGUGC